UAACGCCCUCCCCGCGCCAGGGCCCGGCCUUCGCGCUCUGCCCGCCACCGCAGCCACUGUCUCCGCUUCCCGCGCCGUGCCGGGGCGGCCUGCCCAAACGAAGGCCUGACAGCCCCCGGCCAGGGCGGCGCCUCGAUGGGCAUCGUGCUCCCGUCCUCCUUAUCACUUCCCUUAACUGGGGCAACUUCUCUCGAGGCGGGAGUCGCUUUUUGCUCGGCUCCUUUUCUCCCCACUUGGGCAAACUUUUCUGCCCUGAAUGACUUUUCCUGAAGCGGACAUUUUACUUAAAUCGGGAGAGUGUGCUGGGCAGACGAUGCUGGACACGAUGGAGGCGCCUGGCCACUCGAGGCAGCUACUGCUGCAGCUCAACAACCAGCGCACCAAGGGCUUCUUGUGCGACGUGAUCAUCGUGGUGCAGAACGCCCUCUUCCGCGCGCACAAGAACGUGCUGGCGGCCAGCAGCGCCUACCUCAAGUCCCUGGUGGUGCAUGACAACCUGCUUAACCUGGACCAUGACAUGGUGAGCCCGGCCGUGUUCCGCCUGGUGCUGGACUUCAUCUACACCGGCCGCCUGACUGACAGUAUUGAGGCCGCAGCUGCAGCAGCAGUGGCCCCGGGGGCCGAGCCGAGCCUGGGCGCCGUGCUGGCCGCCGCCAGCUACCUGCAGAUCCCUGACCUCGUGGCUCUGUGCAAGAAGCGCCUCAAACGCCACGGCAAGUACUGCCACCUGCGGGGAGGAGGCAGCGGCGGCGGCGGCUAUGCGCCCUGUGGGCGGCCCGGCCGGGGCUUGAGGGCCGCCACGCCCGUCAUCCAGGCCUGCUACUCGUCCCCGGCCGGGCCGCCGCCGCAGCCUGCUGCCGAGCCGCCGUCGGGGCCCGAGGCCGCGGUCAACACCCAUUGCGCCGAGCUGUAUGCCUCAGCCCCGGGCCCAGCAGCCUCACUCUGCGCCCCGGAGCUUUGUGGCCUGGAUCUGUCCAAGAAGAGCCCGCCAGACUCCUCAGUCCCCGAGCGACCGCUGAGUGAGCGAGAACUGCCUCAGCGGCCGGACAGCGCUCCCGGUACGGCGUCCGCUGUCUACAAGGAGCCACCGCUCGCCUUGCCGCUGCUUCCGCCUUUGCCCUUCCAGAAGCUGGAAGAGGCCGUACCGACUCCAGACCCGUUUCGAGGAAGCGGCGGCAGUCCGGGACCCGAGCCCCCCGUCCGCCCCGACGGCCCCAGCCUCCUCUACCGCUGGAUGAAGCACGAGCCAGUCCUGGGUAACUAUGGCGAUGAUCUGGUCCGAGAUCGCCGCUCCCCAGACGAGCGCCUCGAGGAACGCGGUGGGGACCCGGCAGCUUCACCCGGGGGUCCCCCGCUCGGUCUGGUGGCCCCGCCACGCUACCCAGGCACAGGCGCUGACGGAGACGACUACAAGAGCAGCAGUGAAGAGACUGGUAGCAGCGAGGACCCCAGCCCACCCAGUGGCCACCUGGAUGGCUACCCGUGCCCGCACUUGGCCUAUGGCGAGCCUGAGAGCUUUGGUGACAACCUGUACGUGUGCAUCCCCUGUGGCAAAGGCUUCCCCAGCUCGGAGCAGCUGAAUGCACACGUGGAGGCUCACGUGGAGGAAGAGGAGGCACUGUAUGGCAGGGCAGAGGCUGCUGAGGGGGCUGCUGGGGCCGCCGGCCUCGGGCCCCCCUUUGGUGGUGGUGGGGACAAGAUCACUGGGCCCCCGGGCGGCCUGGGAGAGCUGCUGCGGCCGUACCGCUGCGCGUCCUGCGACAAGAGCUACAAGGACCCAGCCACGCUGAGGCAGCACGAGAAGACGCACUGGCUGACACGGCCCUAUCCGUGUACCAUCUGCGGGAAGAAGUUCACGCAGCGCGGAACCAUGACACGCCAUAUGCGUAGUCACUUAGGCCUGAAGCCCUUUGCGUGCGACGCGUGCGGCAUGCGCUUCACCCGUCAGUACCGCCUCACGGAGCACAUGCGCAUCCACUCGGGAGAGAAGCCCUACGAGUGCCAGGUGUGUGGUGGCAAGUUUGCUCAACAGCGCAACCUCAUCAGUCACAUGAAGAUGCACGCUGUAGGUGGCGCGGCCGGCGCAGCCGGGGCGCUGGCUGGCCUCGGGGGACUACCUGGCGUCCCCGGCCCCGACGGCAAGGGCAAGCUCGAUUUCCCGGAGGGUGUCUUUGCUGUGGCCCGCCUCACAGCUGAACAGCUGAGCCUGAAGCAACAGGACAAGGCAGCUGCGGCGGAGCUGCUGGCGCAGACCACGCACUUCCUGCACGACCCCAAGGUGGCGCUCGAGAGCCUCUACCCGCUGGCCAAAUUCACUGCCGAGCUGGGACUCAGCCCGGAUAAGGCGGCAGAGGUGCUGAGCCAGGGCGCGCACCUGGCCGCGGGACCGGACGGCCGGACCAUCGACCGUUUCUCUCCCACUUAAAGUGCCGCUCGCAGGUGCGCCUGGCGCUACCCGGCCGGCGGUCCGGGGAUAACUGGUAGCAGCGGCAGCGCCGCAGUGGUGGCCCCACCUUUCUACGCCUCACCUGGCCUCACUGCUUUGUGCCUUAACCCGGGGAAGCCGGUGGGGG